CAUUGGUCGUACGCCCGCGCGUGUCCUCGUGUUCCCACUUUGCCCAUAUAAGAUCGGCCCUAAGAAGGGCCGCUUCCGUUUCGCUACUUCGCUAAUUCGCUCGCCAGUGCUCGCCAGUUCGCCACUGCUUCGCCUACCGCUCACAUGAUCAGCUGAUGACGUAACAUACGACGAGCGUUCACGCGUGCGGGACGAAAAUUGCGUGCGCUGUUGUGCUCUCGGUGUGUAGGUGUGUGUGUGUUCCGCGGUACGGUCGCGAGCGGCGACGGCGACGUUAGUGUUAACGGCGUAAAGCGGAGUAGGCGAGGUGGUAACCCGUUCCCCGUGGUCGGUGGCCGAGCGGCCCUCGUUCCCUCGUGCGCGCGCGCGCGCGCGCGUGUGUCUGUGCAGCUCCGUCUCAUCGCGCGUCGCACGCGACGUCGCGCUCGCUCGCGCUCCUCACGGGUGAGACGGGUCGCGUUGUCACGCUCGCAUUGAAUGCGUAUCGCGUAUCGCGAGUAAGCAGCGCGCGACCCGCUAAUUCUGUCCUCGCUGAGCGGGGGAGUGCGCGGAGACCGUAAGACGUAAAGAGUGAGAGAGCGAGUGAGUGAAAGAGAGAGAGAGAAAGAGAAAGGAGCAGAGGAGAAGAGAGAAAGAGGGAAAGAGAGAGAAAGAGACACGAGAGAACAGAUCGGAUCGCGCCAGGAUGAGUGUCGACGCGUACGGGCCCAGCAGCCAGACCCUCACGUUCCUCGACACCGAGGAGACCGACCUGAUCGGCGCGGACACGCAGGGCAGCGAGUUCGACUUCACCGACUUCACUCUACCGAGCCAGACCCAGGCCUCGCAGCACGACGCGACCCAGACGCAGUCCAAUCAACCCGUUCAGGUGGUUAAUGGUACGAAUGGCAGCUCGUCAUUGGAUCUGAAGAUUUCCGGAGCAGCUCAGAGUCUCGCCGAGUUGCAAUUUGAAGAGGAGGAGGAGGAAGCGUACUAUAACCGCGAUUUGCCUGAAUAUGCGUGUAAAUACUGCGGUAUCCAUGAAGCGUCCUGCGUGGUUAUGUGCAACGUCUGCCGAAAGUGGUUCUGCAAUGGACGUGGCAAUACGUCUGGAUCCCAUAUUAUCAAUCAUCUUGUCCGUGCUAAACACAAGGAGGUCACUUUACACAGAGAUGGCCCUCUUGGGGAAACCGUUUUGGAAUGUUAUUCCUGUGCCACGAGAAAUGUUUUCGUAUUGGGUUUUAUUCCUGCUAAAGCUGAUUCCGUAGUCGUGCUACUCUGCCGCCAACCGUGCGCGGCACAGAGUUCUUUGAAGGAUAUGAACUGGGAUCAAGAGCAAUGGAAGCCUUUGAUCGAAGAUCGCAGCUUUUUGUCCUGGUUGGUGAAAUUUCCGUCCGAACAAGAACAGUUAAGAGCUAGGCAGAUCUCUGCGCAACAGAUUAAUAAAUUGGAAGAAUUAUGGCGAGACAAUGUUGACGCUACUUUCCAAGAUUUAGAAAAGCCUGGAGUAGACGAGGAACCGCAGCAGGUUCUGUUACGUUACGAGGACGGAUAUCAGUAUCAAAAUAUUUUUGGUCCACUUGUGAAAUUGGAAGCCGAUUAUGAUAAACGCUUGAAAGAAUCUCAAACUCAAGAGAACAUUGAAGUACGAUGGGACGUUGGAUUGAACAAGAAGACUAUCGCAUACUUUAUGCUGGCCAAAACGGACGGAGAUAUGAAAUUGAUGCAUGGGGAUGAAUUGAGGCUCCGUUAUCUGGGAGAACUACAUAAGCCUUGGUCUGGAAUUGGACACGUGAUUAAGAUUCCCGACAAUUACGGGGAGGAAGUUGGAAUUGAGCUGAAAAACAAUUCUGGAGCGCCGACGGAAUGCAUUAGCAACUUUGUCGUUGACUUUAUUUGGAAAAGCACGAGUUUUGAUCGGAUGCAAUCCGCGUUACGCAAAUUUGCUGUGGAUGAUACAUCCGUGUCAGCUUACAUAUAUCACAGACUAUUGGGACACGAAGUAGAAGAGGUUCUAUUCCGUUGUCAUCUUCCUAAACAUUUUAGCGCACCGAAUCUACCUGAUUUGAACAGAUCGCAGGUGUACGCUGUGAAACACGCAAUACAACGGCCCUUAUCCCUGAUCCAAGGACCACCAGGAACAGGUAAAACUGUGACGAGCGCUACUAUAGUUUAUCAAUUGGUGAAACAGAACGGUGGUCCUGUUCUCGUAUGCGCUCCUUCGAACACCGCUGUCGAUCAAUUGACCGAAAAGAUACAUAAAUCAAGUUUGAAAGUCGUACGAUUGUGUGCCAAAUCGCGAGAGGCCAUCGAUUCGCCAGUGAGUUUCCUCGCUCUACAUAAUCAAAUAAAGAACAUGGAGACGAACACCGAGUUGCAAAAGUUGCAACAACUGAAGGAUGAGACAGGCGAAUUGUCGAGCGUCGACGAGAAGCGCUAUAGACUCUUGAAGAAAGCGGCGGAAAAGGAGCUUCUGGAAGCGGCCGAUGUAAUUUGUUGCACCUGCGUAGGCGCUGGUGAUCCAAGAUUGCACAGAUUAAAGUUCCAUUCUAUACUUAUCGACGAGAGCAUGCAGGCUACCGAACCGGAGUGCAUGGUACCAGUUGUUCUAGGAGCGAAACAAUUAAUCCUCGUCGGAGAUCACUGCCAAUUAGGCCCGGUGGUGAUGUGCAAGAAAGCUGCCAGAGCUGGUUUAUCUCAAUCUUUGUUCGAAAGGCUGGUGGUGUUGGGAAUUAGACCGUUCCGCUUAGAAGUACAAUAUCGUAUGCAUCCUGAUCUGUCACGAUUUCCAUCUAACUUCUUUUACGAAGGGUCUCUGCAGAAUGGCGUUUGCGCCGACGAGAGAAAAUUAUUGAAAAUCGACUUUCCCUGGCCUGCACCGGACAAGCCAAUGUUCUUUUACGUCACGCAAGGUCAAGAAGAGAUAGCUGGAAGUGGGACAUCUUACUUGAAUCGUACCGAAGCGUCUAACGUCGAAAAGAUAACGACACGAUUCUUACGUUGCGGCGUGAAACCGGAACAGAUUGGAGUGAUAACCCCGUACGAAGGUCAACGGGCCUAUCUUGUGCAGUAUAUGCAGUACCAAGGUUCCCUGCACUCGAAAUUGUAUCAAGAGAUCGAAGUGGCGAGUGUGGACGCUUUUCAGGGACGAGAGAAGGAUAUAAUAAUAAUGUCCUGCGUACGAUCCAACGAGCAUCAGGGCAUUGGAUUUUUGAAUGAUCCCAGAAGAUUGAACGUGGCGUUGACUCGCGCAAAAUACGGCAUCAUUAUCGUAGGAAAUCCCAAGGUACUUUCGAAGCAGCCGCUCUGGAACCACCUGCUCAGCUUUUACAAGGAGCAGAAGGUGCUGGUCGAAGGGCCGUUGAACAAUCUGAAGGAGUCCAUGAUUCAAUUCGCUAAGCCAAAGAAACUUGUGAACGCGGCUAAUCCAGGCUCGCACUUCAUGUCCACGUCAAUGUACGACGCGCGCGAAGCCCUGAUCCCCGGAUCGGUGUACGAUCGUUCGGGCGCACAGGUGAACGGCACGCAGAACCACAAUCCGUACUACCAAAGAAACGUGUCGGUAGACAUUUUCAACCGUACGCAUGACACUAUAAGUUACAUCAGUCCGGAGCGGGCGCAGGCGGCGAUGAACAACAUGCCCGUGCCGGUUGGCAUGUUUAUGAAUAUGACGCACGUGCCGCCGCGUUUCUACAAUCAGCAUCAGCAAGCGUUGCAGGCACGCCAGAAUCAGAAAAAUCGACGCGGCGCCACCGCCUCGGCGAGGAACCGGUCAGGCCCGCGUAUGGGUAAACUGAGUCAAACCGAGCAAAACACGCAGCCGUACAGUCAACCAGGUCUGCCGUUGACGCAGGGCACGACUCAGGGCAUGUCUCAACCCGGUUUCAGUCUUUCGCAGCCUGGCCUCAGUCAAGCGGAACUCUCACAGGACUCGUUCGCGGUCGGCGAAUUUCAAUCGCAGAUGGACGGCCUGCUGUCGCAGGACUCGACCUAUCAGGGCGACCGAAGUGGCUUCUACCAGUCGGGCCAGUCGCAAGCCGGAGGACAGUUCUCGCAGCCCUACUGAGCCGAAACUUACCUACGGCUGAGCAACGCAAUUGCCAUGCCAUGAAGGCUCGUUCGACCAAUUCUUCUUCGACCAACAACCACAAAUCACUAACUGCGCAAAACGGUACGACGGCUCGACGAUCGAGUACGAUAUUAUGCAGCAUACGCUCAUGUCGUCGACGUGAGGUAAGGGGAGUGAAAGGAGAACGAAGGUUCCGUAAGCUAAUUCGCCGUUGGAGGAUUCCACCGUGGACGCGGAAAAACGCAAGGCUUAUGUAUCUGAUUGUAAUAAGUGCAACAGAGGGCAGAGAAGGACAUCACGCAGACUGGAGGACGAUGAACGACUACUGUCAAUUAACCGUGACACGUGCUUACUGUCAACGCAGGGAUCGCGGGGAUCCGAGUGACGCUAUAACAAAUAGAAAAAGGAACGAAAAUGACAAAAAAAAAAGAAAGAAAUAGGACAUAAAAUGGAAGUGUAUCGCUUCACGAUUCGACCGAAUUCGACGAGUGUGCCAAUGUCACGCUCAAAUAAACCUACAACCUACAACGAGGGAGUUUGAAAGAUCUUUCUGGCAGUCUACGUGCUACGGAAGAUCGGAUCGCAAUAGCACCGAAACGUGCUUUUUUCCACUUCGUCACGGAUUCGACGGAUUCGAACCGAAUGGAAAAAGCAGGAAGGAAAUUAAGAAAAACUACACUGUAUUCGUACAAUUUCUAUGUACCCACCGUUAUUUCGAGCUGAGGAGACGAUAUACACCAUACGUAACUUGUUCCCCCCUUGAAACGCGUGGGCGCACGUCACACACACAUUGAGAGUCGAUAUCGUCGAUUUCUCCGGCGGAAUUUUGUCGAUGGGAGUCGCCAAUGUUGCAUCAUCAUCAGACAGUACGAAGCCAACGUUUCAACAUCAUCACGGAGAUGGGACAUCCCUUUCUCAGAGGUCCGGCGCCUCCGCCGGUCAUGAGAAAUUCAUCGGUGGUUUUUGAUCAUGUUGAUUAGGUUUUUUUUCUUCCUUAUUUUAUAUCUAUUGCUUAUUUUACCGCAGGGGUCAACGGAGCGCACGAUUGGAAGGAUUGCUUUCUUUCGGUAGAGUCCUUAGCGGAUGGGCUAGCUAGGUCAAACGUGACCGAGAAACAGUAUAGACGCACAGCUUAUCAAAAUUGUAUUCGUUCUUUCCUUCGUGUGUCGAUCUUACACGUCGUUCUUUAACCUUUUCGCAACGGCGAGCGAUAACUGCGCGGUUGGGCAAAACGCUACUCUUGUUUUAAGAGUACUAUACUUCCGACGUUCACAAAUCGAGGUGUAACGAUUUCAUCGCGUCGGACACGUUAACGUAUGAUAGAAAUAUAAUCAUGAAUCGACGAGUAAGAAAUUACUGAAAUUUAUUUAGGGAUUUGACGAGCCAUCGAAUUGUCUCUGUCUACAUGGGAAAAGAUUCCCAGCGAGCUAUAAGACAGUGGCUUCUCGUAGCGAAGGGGUUAAUGCGCGAACGAUAAUCAAUUAAAUUUAAGUCUUGAUUUUUGCUUUUUUUUUGGAUGUGGCACGUGCGUGCCACCGCAAAAAUCCUACGUGACUACAUUAAUUGUGUGUUUCAGACAUCGCCAUUAUCCGUAAUGGUAUCAAGUAAAUUGUCACCAUUCGAAAUGUCUUAUACUUGGCGUGUAGGCCGGAAUGUCUGUACAUUUUUUAUUCGGAUCGCCUUUCCGUUGCUUCCAAAAUCCCUGCCUCCAAUUUUAUAGUCUGUCUGUACUGGCUUCUGGCGGUAAUAUAAAUUUAUUAUAUUGCAAUAGAUUAAGUGGUAAUUAAUGUAAACUUGCAUUAUACGACACUAAAUUGUUUUAUUUCUCUUGUCCGACCAACAGCGCACCGCUAAUAUAAUAGCAGAUUAUAAUACUGAAAUUUAUUGUAAAAUCUUAUGGAAAAAUAAAUUUGGUUUGAAAGCAAA